AUGUCUAAAUCCGCAUAUAUUCAACGUAACACAAAUGAAACGAAAAUCCAAAUUGCUAUUAAUUUAACAGGUGGCCCAUUGGAGGUAAAAUCACUAUUUACUGAAUUACCCACCGCUACCACUACCAAAAGCACUGAAGCAGCAGUUGCCUCACAAUCAACUUCGGCUCAAGUUAUAAGUAUUCAAACGGGUAUUGGCUUCCUAGAUCAUAUGAUCCAUGCCUUGGCCAAACAUAGUGGAUGGUCUCUAAUAGUUGAAUGUAUCGGUGAUUUACAUAUAGAUGACCAUCAUACAACAGAAGAUUGUGGUAUUGCUUUAGGCACUGCAUUAAAAGAAGCAAUGGGUUCGAUUAGAGGUGUUAAAAGAUUUGGUACUGGAUUUGCCCCAUUAGAUGAAAGCUUAAGUAGAGCAGUUGUCGAUUUAAGUAAUAGACCAUAUUGUUUUACUGAUAUGAAAUUUAAAAGAGAGAAAAUUGGUGAUCUAAGUACCGAAAUGAUCCCACAUUUUUUGAUGAGUUUUGCUGAGGCUGCAAGAAUUACCAUGCAUGUUGACGUUUUAAGAGGUGAAAAUGAUCAUCAUAAAGCUGAAAGUGCUUUCAAAGCACUAGCUGUAGCAUUAAGAGAGGCUAUGGCUAGUAACGGUACAAAUGAUGUUCCUUCGACCAAAGGUGUUUUAAUGUAA